GUUGAUGUCAGUGACUGAGAGACCGUGGCAGUGAACAUAGUGCGAUCGCAACAGUGCUGUGUGCCGAGAGAUGGGAGAGCAGCGGGGAUGUACGUGUACCAGAUCCCUAAUGUGACUGGCUCCAGCUCCAGGAAACGGCAGUUCAUUUCUCCAGAUGGCUCUGACCAUGCUUCUCAUUUCUAUCAGAGACCCAGCAAAGAGACUGCCAUUCGGAAUGCUAUCACAGCACAACUGUGCAGGUGCAGCAGCUGCAACCUGCUUAGUAUUUAUGUUCCUGGUCACCAUCAUACAAAACACCUCAGCACAGCAUCUCACAGUAGUGCCAAAUGUUGGCAUGAGCCUCAGGCCUUCAAACAUAUCAGCAUCCAUAGAAAUACUAGCUUCGCGACGUCGUAGGCGUUACGUUCGGUUUCCGGCCCUGUCUGGAAGCGAAUCACUGAGUGGGGCGGGUCGACUGGUGUACCCUCAUAGCCCCCGACCGCCCCCCAACCUGCACUCCGGCCACAGUUCAUGGAUUCCUGUUAGGCAUAAGCAACAACAUUACCAGGUGACUGCACCUGCUGUGGGAGGUCACUAUACAAGAGUUCCUCAGAUGGGGCAGAGGAGCCCUAGACUGGUGUUUCGGGACCCAGACAUACCUGGUACUAUCCAUGCCUCCUCUCCAUACUACAGCCAGCAGGCAGCAAACAGUCUUCAGGAACUUGUCACUGACGACUCCAGAGGAUGUGGAGUUUCUAUUGGAAAAUUAGGCCCCGGCUUGGGUGCCCAGCGCCGUGUUGUUGGCGGUGAUGAGGCUGGAUUUGGCAGCUUCCCGUGGCAAGCAUACAUCAGAAUUGGGUCCAGUCGAUGUGGCGGAUCUCUUGUCAACCGUUACCAUGUUGUCACAGCUGGACAUUGUGUUGCAAGGGCAUCAGCAAGACAAGUUCAGGUCACACUGGGUGACUAUGUCAUCAAUUCUGCAGUAGAGCCAUUGCCAGCAUAUACGUUUGGGGUUCGUGAGAUUCGAGUACACCCAUAUUUCAAGUUCACACCCCAAGCAGACCGUUUUGAUGUGGCUGUGCUACGCCUGGAUAGGCCCGUGCAGUACAUGCCACACAUUGCACCCAUCUGCCUACCUGAGAAGGGUGAAGAUUUCCUAGGGCAGUAUGGAUGGGCAGCUGGCUGGGGAGCUCUGCAGGCAGGUUCCCGACUUCGACCUAAGACUCUGCAGGCUGUGGAUGUGCCAGUGAUAGACAACCGCCUCUGUGAACGCUGGCACAAGUCCAAUGGUAUCAAUGUUAUCAUUUAUGAUGAGAUGAUGUGUGCAGGAUACAGGGGAGGCGGUAAGGAUUCCUGCCAGGGGGACUCAGGUGGUCCACUCAUGAUGGAGAAAGCAGGAAGAUGGUACCUUAUCGGAAUAGUGUCAGCUGGGUACUCCUGUGCACAGCGUGGCCAGCCUGGUAUAUACCACAGGGUGGCACAUACAGUGGACUGGAUCUCAUACAUUAUAAAUUCUACUUGAAGCUGACUCCCACCUUCACACGAGCCUGAUCUCCUCAGCAGUAUUUCCUGUGUCAGUUUAUUUAUAUUAUGCAAACAGUGAAUUCAAAGAACAACACAAAGUCAGAAGGUUAUCCAGUGGACCUUGUUAAUGACUGCAUUUUCCUUCUUAUUUGUGGAUAUUUUGUGCACAACUUGUUCCAUGCUGGUCCUGUGUUCAACUCUUCUUUUGUGCCCUGAGUGUUAAAGACAAGCUCUGUGUGACAUAAAGAUAGUGAGGUGAAAUGUGAAUGCCUCUGAAGUCUUUGUGGGUUGCUACCACCAGUUAUACAUAUGGAAACUUCAUGGAGGCUAGUAACAACACCGGAAGAAAGAAAACUUCUGUUGGUUUCAGUUUUAGACCUUAUUACAAUUGAAUACUCCACAUCAGUAAUAACAAUUUUACCAUGCUAGUGAAAUCUAGUAAUGCAGGCGUACAUGAGUAUGUCAACUCAACAAAAAAGAGAAUGGUAAUAUACACUGUCACUCGUUGAUAAAUUCUGGGUGGUGCAGUGUAACUACAAACUCUUUACAAUGCGAGAAGCCAAUUCGCUGGCGUACAGUAGUGCUUUAUUGCAGUGGAGUGCCCAGGAAGCAGUUAUGGGUAACACAGUCUUGUCAUGGACUUUUGCCAUUUAUAGUACAAUUUUAUGACUACUAUUAAGCACUGGAGCACCUUUCUUGGAAUUUUUAAGGCAAAUACUUGCAAUAAAAAUUCAUUUUUGGGUGACAAAUUUCUUGAAAUGCACACCAAUUUGAUUUACAUAAGGCUUCCACAUCCUGUUACAGGGACAGCUUACUUUUUUUUUUCUAUUUUCCUUCCUUUCUACUUUCAAAGGACAAAUGCAUUUAGGCCUGUUUGUACAUGAAUGUAAUUACAAACAUUGUAAUUCACAACCACUCAGAGAAGUAGAACUGACUUAAGAGAGGCACUAAAAACAAGGAGGAAUAUACUAGUAUGAGUCUCUAACAUCAGCAGCACAAAAA